CCUCCUCAGCUUCUCAAACACACCUCACCAUCCACCUCUCACCUUCCUAUCUCAUGAACAACCACCGUUGACUUUUCAACUCAAACCCACUUCACUUGUACACUUUGCUUCUUAAAUUGUACACAUCAACAAUAUGGCCACUAGUGCUUGUAUUAUCAAUGAGAUAACACAAGGGAUGAAUUUAGCCAAGCAGCUAAAGUCCAUCUUAAGUUCAGAAUGUUCCCAUGAAACAAAACAAGCUUUGGUACAAGGAAUCAUAACAUCAUAUGACAGAGCUCUAGUGAUGGUCAACUGGGGUCAUUCGGGUGGUCAAACACCCCCACUAACACCGCCGUUAGCACCGCCAAUGCUCAGCCAGCCCGAGUCAUCGGUUUCCAUUGACGAAAGCCCACCAAGUGGAGAUUUUCAUCAAGCAUUUGAUAAUCAUCAAGACCAGAAAGCUGUAUCUAAGAAGAGGAAGGCGAUAACGACAUGGAAAAACCAAAUUCGAAUCUCGACUGAUAAUGGUUUGGAGGGAAACACCGAUGACGGUUAUAGUUGGAGGAAGUACGGGCAGAAAGACAUUUUGGGCGCUAAAUUUCCGAGAAGCUAUUAUAGAUGCACGUACCGUUAUAUCCAUCAAUGUAUGGCGAGAAAACAAGUGCAGAGAACAGACGAGGAUCCCAUGGUGUUUGAGAUCACAUACAGAGGGCAACACACUUGCACCCUCACCACUACACCGUCAGUUGUGCCGCCACAGUCACCUGAAAAACAUGAGAUUGAACAACACAACCACCAACUACCGCCACCACCAAAAUCUGGAGAGAUACUCUCAAACCUCAGAGAGAAUCUCAGAGUCUGUACCUCAGAUUCGGAAGCUAUGGUUCCACACUCGUUUUCCUUCCCUUCGGCAUCAUUUGGAUCCAUAGAAAACUACCAACGAUUUGAUUUUUUAAACGAACCCGAUCACAGUUUUCUGCAAGGAUAUUCGCCUUCUUUUAUCUCACCUGCCACAUCCGGGUCAAACUACUUCACUGAACGCGGUAAUGAUUUCCACCAUCACGAUGACUCACAUCUGUCGGGAAUAACCACUGCUUCCACGACAAAUUCUCCACUGACUUUCCCGGCGGAUUCACAGGAUUUUAGCCCAAAUUUCCCAUUUAACUCGGGAUUUUUUAUCUAAUUGAUAAAAAUAAUAAUCUAGUGAUAGGUAACUGUAACUCCUCAGAAAAGUAGACAUUAAAUUUAUAGCAAUAAGUUUUGAUAGUUGCCAAGAGGGAUGCUUACUAGCAUCGAUAAUUCAUGCUUGUACCAAUAGAAGCGUCCAUAAUCAUGUUUCUACAAAUAAAAGUGUAAGAUUUAAGAGACAAGAAACAUCUAAAAAUUAUAUAUAAUAUCAUUUUUUUUU